CAAAAAUAUAACAACAGGAAAUGGUCAUCAAAACAUAGCUGACAUUUUCACUUUAAGUAUACUCUAAUUAACCUUCGGUGUUUCCUGUUUGAAAGCCUUAUUGUACAAAGUAAAAUGGUCUUCUUAAACCAUGAAUUAUUUGCCCAUUCAGUUAUUUAUAAUGACAAAUAUUUAUUUAAUUCAAAAUUGACAAAUUUCCAUUCAAAGGGGUCAAACAAUCAUAUUUAAAUUCUAGCAAUAUUAUACUUAACAUCAUUCAGUUUGUGACUUGGUGAUAAGCUAGGACCAUGUUUCAGAUCACAGUUUUGAGUAUCUUUAUCGUCCUUAUUUUGGACAUCAAUGGAUAUGUGAUUGAAUCAAAAGAUAAAGAUGAAAACCUUGAAAAACGUGCAGUGAGAUAUAAAUAUGAUCCAGAAUAUCAAAGAAUACCAGCAAAACAAACACCGCCACCACCAGCUCGACGUGAACUCUCAAAUGAUGAAACUGAUGCUUUCCCUGAAACUCGACAAGAGAUAUAUAAAUAUGAACCAAAAUAUCUAAGAAUUCCAGUGAAACAAACACCGCCACCACCAGCUCGACGUGAAUUCUCAAAUGAUGAAACUGAUGCUUUCCCUGAAACUCGACAAGAGAUAUAUAAAUAUGAACCAAAAUAUCUAAGAAUUCCAGUGAAACAAACACCGCCACCACCAGCUCGACGUGAACUCUCAAAUGAUGAAACUGAUGCUUUCCCUGAAACUCGACAAGAGAUAUAUAAAUAUGAACCAAAAUAUCUAAGAAUUCCAGUGAAACAAACACCGCCACCACCAGCUCGACGUGAAUUCUCAAAUGAUGACACUGAAGCUUUCCCUGAAACUCGACAAGUGAUAUAUAAAUCUGAUCCAAAAUAUCUAAGAAUGCCGCUGAAACAAACACCCCCACCACCAGCUCGACGUGAAUUCUCAAAUGAUGACACUGAAGCUUUCCCUGAAACUCGACAAGUGAUAUAUAAAUCUGAUCCAAAAUAUCUAAGAAUGCCGCUGAAACAAACACCCCCACCACCAGCUCGACGUGAAUUCUCAAAUGAUGACACUGAAGCUUUCCCUGAAACUCGACAAGUGAUAUAUCUAUUAGAUCAACAAUACGAAAGAACUUUCUUGAAAGGAACACCUCCACCACCUACUAAAGAUGAAACUGUUGUUUUUGCUGAAACUGGAGGAGAGAAGUAUGAUUAUGAUCCAGAAUAUGUAAAAUUUGCUGGACGUGAACUCCCUAAAGAGGACACUGGAGUAAAUGCGCAACUCCAUAGAGUGAUAGAGAAGCUGCGUCAAUUCUGGGAUAAAAAAACGAGUUAAUGAAGGUAAGUAUGGCAACCUUUCCAUGAUGAACACUGUAAGUACAAAUAUUAUACAUGUUUUAUUUUUAUUAAAACAAUAAUACAGUAUUGUUUACUAUGUCAGAGUAUUUUGGAGUUAAGUCAACUUUUUGAAUUAAAAUAAAACUGGCAUCAUAAUUUAUUGAUAGCCUGAGUAGGGAAUUUCUUAUUAGUUGUAUUUAUUCUAUCGAUAUCAUUAAUAGUUUUAUCAAUACCAUUGUAUCUAUUGAUCUCUGUCACAGGUGAAGAAAGGUUCUACUUUUACUGGUCUGUUAAUAUUAUUAACUGUUCAAAGUUAUAACUGAUACCUAAAUGCAUUUAUAUUACAGGGCAAAGAAAAAGAAAGGCAUUGAAGAAUGGAAAUCCCAAAUCUGGAAAAGAUGGACACCAUGAGUUUUUAAUCAAUUCUUAUUAGGACUAGAUAUCUAUAUUUUGCAGACUAGGUCAUUUUGGUAUAUGAUCUUGAUUAGCUUUAGAUUUACUACAAAGAGAUUACAUCUCAGUGUUCUUUGGGAUGGUGACCAAACAAAAAUUGGUAUGGGUUGAAUGAACAUUAUGCUGAUGACAAACAUUGAUUUUUAGCCAUUCACAAGUGAAGUGCACAUUGCACUUUUGCAUACAGCGGUACAAAGCCAUUUAAAAAACAUAUCACAAGCUUACAGAAUGAACAUUUUAUUGACGUAACAAAAUAUAAAAUGGUAAUCUCCAACAUAUCACCAUUGCAGGUAAAGAGGAUUAGUGUAAGUGAUCGUAAGAUGGCAAAAUCAUUAAAACAUUUUGAGAACUUGAUUGGUUGAAUUGUGCGUAUUGAUUGAAAAAUCAACUUGAGUUGAUCUAUUUCAACAAAUCAAAAUAUUUCAAAAAAGAUUUAUUGAGUAAGAAAAAAUGCAUUUUUUAAUUUGUUGGAAAAUUGAACACUUUACAAGUAGGAUAAAAAGGAGCUAAUUUUGUCAGAUUUUGAUUUAUCAUUUAGCCAUAGCAGUGUGCUGUCUAUCCAAGAGACACUGCCAUUGGGAGAUUGACAAAAAAAUUUAGAACAGAGUCACAUUAAUCGAAAGAAAUAACAACAGUGCAUCUGAGUACAUCUUGAAGGAGAACUUGCUGUAAUUAAAUUAACUGCAAUUUCAUUUAAACUUUGGACACCAUCCAUAAGGAAUUAAUAAUUAUGUAUUUGAUAUCUAUCAGAAAAUACAAAGAACAUCACUGUAGCAUUUCAUCCUUCAAUUUUAGAUGUGGAAAUAAAAUAAAUAUGCAAA